CUAAAGAAGACCAAUAAUGUUAUGUCAAAGUUUAGGCACAGUUUAAGUGUAACAUAAUUAACAACAUGUUUACACGGACGAAUAUGUAAACACGAAUAUCUUAUAGUAUAAAUUGGUGUGACCGUUGACCUUUGCCGCAACUGAUAAAAAGCCCUCAACAUUCAUUUAAGGAGAGCCUGCCUUCUCAAUUCCAUUUUCCCACAUCUCUCCUCUGACCCUUUUGACCUCUCUCUCUCUCUCUCUCGAUCUGUCCCCCACAUUGCCCCAUCUCUCCAUCCCUCAAUAAAACAGUAAAGGAGCAAAAGAGAGAUAGAGAGAGAAACUUAAAUUAAAUACCAAAGCCUUUGUGUUCCUCUGCAUUUACUCUAGAGAGAGUCCCUACCUGUAUGUGAGCUAUGCACCGUUCUAAUGACCAAUCAGUUCUCUUCUGCCUCAGUCUCUACAAUCGUACAAAUGCCAUAAAAACUCCAUAACCCUUUCUUAAAACCAUUGCUUCCUCAGUGAAGAAACAAAUAAGAAAAAAAGAAAAAGAAACCAUGCAGUCACAAGUUCUGCUCCUCCUCCUGUUCAUCCUCUGUUCUUCAUUCAUGUCCGGUUCAUGUCAACCCGGUAUCAACAACGAUCUUCAAACUCUCCUCGAGGUGAAGAAAUCUUUCGUCACGAAUCAAGAAGACGACGAUCCUCUCCAACAAUGGAACUCUGUUAACAUCAACUACUGUUCUUGGACCGGAGUCACAUGCGACGAUAUCGGUUUAUUCCGCGUAAUUGCUCUAAACCUCACCGGUUUAGAAUUAACCGGUUCAAUUUCACCUUGGUUUGGCCGGUUAGACAACCUAAUCCACCUUGAUCUAUCUUCCAACAAUCUAGUUGGUCCCAUCCCAACUGCUCUCUCCAACCUUACUUCCUUGGAGUCUCUGUUUCUCUUUUCCAACCAACUCACCGGCGAGAUUCCGAGUCAACUCGGCUCCCUCGUCAAUCUACGGUCGCUCAGGAUCGGAGACAAUGAGCUCGUCGGAGCCAUACCUGAGACGUUAGGGAACUUGGUUAACCUACAGAUGCUUGCACUUGCCUCUUGUAGACUCACCGGUCCUAUACCGAGUCAGCUCGGUCGACUCGUUCGGGUUCAGUCGUUGGUACUGCAAGAUAACUAUCUCGAAGGACCGAUUCCGGCGGAGUUAGGGAACUGCUCUGAUCUCACUGUGCUCACUGCGGCUGAGAACAUGCUCAACGGGACUAUACCAGCGGAGCUGGGACGGCUUGAGAACCUCGAGAUACUUAACCUGGCGAACAAUAGUCUCACCGGAGACAUACCGAGCCAACUCGGUGGAAUGAGCCAGCUCCAGUACCUUAACUUGAUGGCUAACCAGCUUCAAGGUGUUAUCCCAAAGAGUUUAGCUGAUCUACGGAAUCUUCAGACUCUUGAUUUAUCGGAGAAUCAUCUCACCGGAAAGAUACCUGAAGAGCUCUGGAACAUUAGUGGGCUUCUUGAUUUGGUUCUAGCAAACAAUCAUCUCUCGGGUUCUUUACCAAAGAGUAUAUGUUCGAACAACACAAGCUUGGAGCAACUGGUUCUGUCUGGAACUCAGCUUUCAGGUGAAAUCCCUGUGGAGUUAAGCAAAUGUCAAUCGCUUAAACAGCUCGAUUUGUCGAACAAUACUCUCGUUGGCACGAUCCCUGAAGCAUUGUUCCAACUAGUUGAACUCACGGAUCUUUACCUCCACAACAAUACCUUGGAUGGUACGUUAUCUCCUUCGGUAUCAAACCUCACCAAUCUACAGUGGCUUGUGUUGUAUCAUAAUAACUUGGAAGGCAAGUUACCAAAGGAGAUCAGCGCGCUGAAGAAAUUAGAGGUUCUGUAUCUUUACGAGAAUCGAUUCUCAGGGGAAAUCCCAAAAGAGAUUGGAAACUGCACAAGCUUGAAGAUGAUAGAUCUGUUCGGGAAUCAUUUCGAAGGAGAGAUUCCUUCUUCAAUAGGAAGAUUAAAGGAGCUUAACCUACUUCACUUGAGACAAAACGAGUUUGUGGGUGGCCUUCCCGCCAGUUUAGGUAACUGUCAUCACCUGAAGAUACUAGAUUUGGCGGAUAAUCAGCUCUUGGGAUCGAUUCCUUCGUCGUUCGGGUUCAUAAAGGGAUUGGAACAGUUGAUGCUUUACAACAAUUCUCUCCAGGGGAAUCUUCCUGAUUCACUUAUCAAUAUGAAGAACCUCACCAGAAUCAAUCUCUCUCACAACAUGCUCAAUGGUACCAUUCAUCCAUUGUGUGGUUCAAGCUCGUAUCUCUCAUUCGAUGUCACCAACAAUGGUUUUGAAGAUGAGAUUCCUCUGGAGCUAGGAAACUCUCCAAAUCUUGAUCGUCUCAGGUUAGGGAAGAAUCAAUUCACAGGAAGAAUCCCUUGGACGUUGGGGAAAAUCCGCGAGUUGUCUCUGUUGGAUAUCUCAAGCAAUUCUCUCACGGGAACCAUUCCGCUACAGCUCGUCUUGUGCAGGAAACUGACGCACAUCGAUCUCAAUAACAAUUUUCUUUCAGGUCCCUUACCUCCAUGGCUUGGAAAGCUUUCACAGUUGGGAGAGCUCAAGCUUUCUUCUAAUCAGUUUGUUGAGUCUUUACCUACUGAGCUGUUCAACUGUACAAAGCUGCUAGUGUUGUCUCUUGAUGGAAACUCCCUUAACGGGUCGAUCCCGCAGGCGAUUGGUAACUUGGGAGCUCUCAAUGUACUUAACCUCGAUAAAAACCAGUUUUCAGGCUCACUUCCUCAAGCUAUGGGAAAGCUCGGCAAGCUAUACGAGCUUCGGUUAUCAAGAAACAGCUUAACAGGAGAAAUCCCAGUUGAGAUUGGACAGCUUCAAGAUCUUCAAAGUGCUUUGGACCUCAGUUACAAUAACUUUACCGGAGAUAUACCUUCAACAAUUGGGACACUAUCAAAGCUGGAAACACUUGAUUUGUCUCACAAUCAGCUUACUGGGGAAGUUCCUGGCUCGGUAGGGGAUAUGAAGAGUUUGGGCUAUCUCAAUCUCUCUUUCAAUAACCUUGGAGGCAAACUCAAGAAGCAGUUCUCAAGAUGGCCAGCUGAUUCCUUCGUAGGCAACACAGGUCUCUGUGGAAGCCCUCUUAGUCGCUGCAACAGAGUUGUAAGUCACAACAAGCAACAGGGUCUUAGUGCCAGAUCAGUUGUGAUAAUAUCAGCAAUCUCAGCAUUGACAGCGAUUGGUUUGAUGAUACUUGUAAUCGCUCUUUUCUUCAAACAAAGGCAUGAUUUCUUCAAGAAAGUCCAGGAUGGAAGCACUGUGUACUCAUCUUCUAACUCUUCUUCACAAGCUACACACAAGCCUCUCUUUCGAAACGGAGCUUCAAAGUCAGAUAUCAAGUGGGAAGACAUUAUGGAAGCCACACAUAAUCUAAGCGAGGAGUUCAUGAUUGGAUCAGGAGGCUCUGGGAAGGUUUACAAGGCCGAGCUUGAGAAUGGUGAGACAGUUGCUGUGAAAAAGAUUCUCUGGAAAGAUGAUCUCAUGUCAAACAAGAGCUUCAGCAGAGAAGUUAAGACGCUUGGAACAAUCAGACAUAGACAUCUGGUUAAGCUAAUGGGUUACUGCAGCAGCAAGUCAGAAGGAUUGAAUCUGUUGAUAUAUGAGUACAUGAAGAAUGGAAGUGUUUGGGAUUGGCUUCAUGAGGAGAACCCGGUGAUCGAUAAAAAGAAGAAGCUUUUAGACUGGGAGGCAAGAUUGAGAAUAGCAGUAGGAUUGGCUCAAGGAGUAGAGUACCUUCAUCAUGACUGUGUUCCUCCAAUCGUUCACCGUGAUAUCAAAUCCAGUAAUGUGCUCCUGGAUUCAAACAUGGAAGCACAUUUAGGAGACUUUGGUCUUGCCAAGGUCUUAACUGAGAACUAUGAUACCAACACAGAUUCAAAUACCUGGUUUGCAUGCUCUUAUGGCUACAUCGCUCCAGAAUAUGCUUACUCGUUGAAGGCUACUGAGAAGAGUGAUGUUUACAGUAUGGGGAUAGUGUUGAUGGAAAUUGUGACUGGGAAAAUGCCAACCGACUCAGUGUUUGGUGCAGAGAUGGACAUGGUUAGAUGGGUUGAAACACAUCUUGAGAUAGCGGGUUCUGCGAGGGGUAAGCUCAUUGAUCCGAAGCUUAAACCACUUUUGCCAUUUGCGGAAGAUGCAGCUUAUCAAGUGCUUGAGAUUGCACUUCAGUGCACAAAAACUUCCCCCCAAGAGAGACCAUCUUCUAGACAAGCUUGUGAUAGUCUUCUCCAUGUCUACAACAACAGAACAGCCGGUUAUAAGAAGCUGUAAAAACUGAUACCAGCAAAUAAUGAUUUUGGAGACUUAAAAACUGUGAAUUUUAAUUUUCUUUUUGUUAUGAAAUUCUGUUUCUGCUUUGUAUAGAUACAUGCUUCAGUACAAAGAUUGUUUCAAACUUGAACCAUCUGUUACACAAACACAUACUGUCAUACAACUUGAACAAAAUUUUAAACAAAGUGAUUCUAAAAUUCUGUAUUCUCAAAGAAGAAGAUAAAAUGAUUGCAAGGUUUAUCAUUCACCAUUAUUAACCAGGUACAAACAGAUUCAGUUUGUGAAAACACAAAUCUUUAGGUUCAUAACCAAAAACGUUGAAUGAAAAGCACUCCAGAGCCGAAG